ACCCUCCAAGUGGUUUAGGAAGUUUUAAAGCUGGUUGCCUGAACAGCUGAGGAAGACACCCUAUCUUUUGUGGAAGGGGGGUGGGGCAGGGGGUUUCUGCUCCUGCUGCUGCCUAUAGUCUGAUUUUAAAACCAGGCUGACCAGAAAGUACUUUGCCAAGAGUCUUCACUCCAUUCCUUUUUUUUUUUCUCUCAUUACCAAUAUGUGCCUGGCGUUUGAGGUUUUGAUUUUCACCUGACUUUUGCCUUUGAAUUUAAGAAAUCAGAGGUAAUACACAAUCAGAAUACAGAACACCGAAUACUGUAUGCCAAGAAGGAGACCAUGGUCAAGCGAGUAGCAAUAAUUGGAGCUGGUGUGAGUGGCCUGACCUCCAUCAAAGGUUGUUUGGAAGAGGGUUUGGAACCCACCUGCUUUGAGAGAAGUGAUGACAUUGGGGGAUUGUGGAAAUUUACUGAAACUACGGGACAUGGGAUGACCAAAGUCUACAAAUCGGUAGUGACUAAUAUCACCAAGGAGAUGUCAUGUUAUAGUGACUUCCCCUUCCCAGAAGAUUUUCCCAACUACAUGAAGCACACUAUGGUAAUGGAGUACCUUUAUUCCUAUGCCAAACACUUUGACCUUCUCAAAUACAUCCAUUUAAAGACCACUGUGAGCAGCGUAACAAAGCGCCAAGACUUUGCUGCCACUGGCCAAUGGGAUGUGGUGACAGAGACAGAUGGGAAGCACGACACAGCUGUCUUUGAUGCAGUCAUGAUCUGCACAGGACACUACCUGAAUCCCCGCUUGCCUUUGGAGUCUUUUCCUGGAAUCAACAAGUUUCAAGGACAGAUCCUACACAGUCAGGAAUACAGGAGUCCAGAAGGUUUUCAGGGUAAACGGGUCAUUGUGAUUGGUCUGGGGAAUACUGGCGGUGAUAUUGCAGUGGAACUCAGUCGUGUGGCAGAAAAAGUGUUUCUCAGUACUAGAAGUGGUGCCUGGGUCGAUAGCCGUCUUUCUGAUGAUGGCUACCCCACUCAUAUGAUUCAAGCAACAAGGUUUCUUCAUCUGGUUGCACGUUCCUUACCUUCAGCCAUCAUGAACUGGAUGGGGAAGAAGCACAUGCGUAAAUGGUUUAACCAUAAGAAUUAUGGAUUGAGUAUUCCAAAGGGGCGGCAACAAAAGAGAAUUGCAAAUGAUGAAUUGCCCAGCUAUAUCCUAUGUGGUGCUGUCACUAUGAAAAUCAAUGUGAAGGAGUUUACAGAAACGUCUGCCAUCUUUGAAGAUGGGACUGUGGAAGAGAACAUUGAUGUUAUAUUCUUUGCUACGGGAUACACAUACUCUCUUCCUUUCCUUGAAGAACCUAUGGAAAAAUUCUGUAAAAACAAGCUCUUCAUGUACAAAUUUAUCUUCCCCUCAAACCUGGAGAAGGCAACUCUGGCGCUCAUUGGCCAUCUUGGUUUGCAAGGUUCCAUCAUAGUUGGUACAGAGCUCCAGGCCCGCUGGGCCACAAGAGUAUUCAAAGGACUGUGUAAGAUCCCUCCAUCAAACAAAAUGAUGGCUGAGGCUACCAAGAAGGUAUAAUCAUAAUAACUGUAUUUAUAUUUAC